AAGGCAGGUUUCAUUGUCCGCAGUCACAGUCAGGGAAGCGGCGUGCUCGAUUGGAAAGACAUCCGGAAUGAUCGCCAAGUGAUCACCAGCAAUUUUAUAUAUUAUAUCGUCCCUUAGUCUUAACCAAAAUGAAGCUCUUGAUUGCUUUAUUUGGCCUGAGCGUGGCUGUGAUGAGUGUAAUGAUUUUCCAAGCUGCGCGCCAGGAGUUUCACCUGCGUAGUAUUAAAACCCGCACAGAGGAGAACACGGCAGAGGUCAAAAUGAAAGAGGAGGCCAUCAUCGCGCUGAAAACCAAAAUCAAGCAGCUGAAGGAAGCGGUGGCGUCCACCAGCGCCAAAGUGGAGGGGCUGAGGAAGAAGAAAGUGGACACGGAGAAGUCAACAAAGGACCUUGAUAAAAGUCUGCUGACCUGCAACAAAGACAAGGCAGAUUUUGAGAAGAAGAAGACAGCUAAGCAAACGGCCAUCACUGAAUUCAAAGCUGAUCACAAAGCCCUAAAAAGCAGGGCAGAAGAGGACAUAAAGAGCUUGAAACAACAGAUUUUGGAUAGAGACAAAGCCAUUUGUGCAUUUGCUGAUACAACAAAGAAAGAAGCACGAAAGCUGUGUGGACUACCUGACGCCCAAAAAUGAAGUUGACUCAGAAGCAGUCAACACUGACUGGAAACUUAAAAAUAAAGCCUGCCAUGCAUUCAACCAUAAAGUUUGUAAUAUGACUGAUGUGGUAACAGCUCUACUGAAUUAGUUUACCAGAAAGGAAGAACUAUGUCUGCAGAAGCAUUCAACACAAACAGCACAGGCAUAGGGAAUGGGAUAAAUAUGUUGUACAGUUUUACAAAAUUUUGGUGUGAUUAUGUCACUUGGUUAAUUUUGGACUGGCUUUUUAUAUCUGUAAAAUACUUUGAUACACACUUGUUUAUUGUUUUGAUGUUGGAUUUCAUAAGUAGAUGAACUUGGCUGUCAUGUAGAGUAUUUACCUCAGCAAUAGCUCUCCUGAUUUAACUGGUAAAGCUACUUUGUGUUGCACAUUAACCAGCCUGCCUGAGGUUUUUGUUUUGGGUGUGCUGCCCCCACUGAUGAAACUUGAAUGACUGGUAGAAACCAGAAAAGGACAUGAUCAUCAGUUUAAUUUCUCAUUUGUGGAAUCAUUUAACCAAAUAAACCAACUUCAUUAAGACAACAAAGUUAAUGCUUCAUUAAAAUACCAUCUGUUACGUCACGUGUUGGAAUGACAGGAAAAAAU